CAGCCGGGGGAAGAAGAAAGGCGAAGCAAUCGCGGGAGCGUCUUAGCCAGCAGCAUUAGCCACGCCGAGAAGAAGGAGGAGGGGGCCGCGGGAAGACGCACAACAAAGCCAGCCGAGCCUUGUCUUGGGCGGACGCAGUUGCCAAGCCGAGCCGGGUAGGGCUGGUGGCAGCGGAGCUGGGCUUUGUCCUUUUAAAAGCCGGCCGGGUAUCCACCCCUUUUUUGCAGCAAGCUCUCCAAGCAGCCUGCAGUUGUGAGGGAGGGACGCCCUGCAGUUUCCAAGUCACAGAUUAACUUUCAAGAUGUCCUUUGGGAGAGAUAUGGAGCUGGAACACUUUGACGAGCGUGAUAAAGCACAGCGGUACAGCCGAGGGUCCCGGGUUAAUGGCCUGCCUAGCCCAACCCACAGUGCCCAUUGCAGCUUUUACCGAACCCGCACUCUACAAACUCUCAGCUCAGAAAAGAAGGCCAAGAAAGUUCGCUUCUAUCGCAAUGGUGACCGCUAUUUCAAAGGGAUUGUGUAUGCCAUAUCCCCAGAUCGUUUCAGGUCUUUUGAAGCCCUUCUAGCCGAUCUGACCCGAACUCUCUCUGAUAAUGUCAAUCUGCCACAGGGUGUGAGAACCAUCUACACAAUUGAUGGUGCUAAGAAGAUUACCACCUUAGACCAGCUGGUGGAAGGGGAGAGCUAUGUGUGUGGUUCAAUAGAGCCGUUCAAGAAGUUGGAGUACACAAAGAAUGUAAAUCCAAAUUGGUCAGUGAAUGUUAAAACCACCUCCGCUUCUCGCACAGUAUCCUCUCUUGCCACGGCCAAAGGAGGCCCUUCUGAUACUAAGGAGAACAAGGAUUUCAUUAGACCCAAGCUGGUCACAAUCAUCCGAAGUGGUGUGAAGCCGCGCAAAGCAGUCCGAAUUCUGCUUAACAAAAAAACAGCACAUUCAUUUGAGCAGGUUCUCACUGAUAUUACUGAUGCUAUCAAGUUGGAUUCGGGAGUAGUUAAGCGCCUGUACACACUGGAUGGGAAACAGGUAAUGUGCCUUCAGGAUUUUUUUGGCGAUGAUGACAUAUUUAUUGCAUGUGGACCUGAGAAGUUUCGUUACCAGGAUGACUUCUUGCUAGAUGAAAGUGAAUGUCGGGUAGUGAAAUCCACUUCCUAUACCAAAAUAGCUACAACAUCACGUAGGAGCACUACCAAGAGCCCAGGUCCAUCCAGACGCAGCAAAUCUCCAGCAUCAACCAGCUCAGUUAAUGGAACACCUGGUAGCCAGCUUUCUACUCCCCGCUCUGGGAAGUCACCAAGCCCUUCUCCCACCAGCCCAGGAAGCCUGCGGAAACAGAGGAGCUCUCAGCACAGUGGUUCCUCUACCUCACUAGCAUCUACCAAAGUCUGCAGCUCCAUGGAUGAAAAUGAUGGACCCGGUGAAGAAGUGUUGGAGGAAGGCUUCCAGGUUCCAGCCUCUAUAGCAGAGAGAUAUAAAGUUGGGCGGACUAUAGGAGAUGGAAAUUUUGCGAUUGUAAAGGAGUGUAUAGAAAGGUCAACUGGUAGAGAAUAUGCUCUGAAAAUCAUCAAAAAAAGUAAAUGUAGAGGAAAAGAGCACAUGAUCCAAAAUGAAGUAUCUAUUUUAAGAAGGGUCAAGCAUCCUAAUAUUGUUCUUCUGAUUGAGGAGAUGGAUAUGCCUACUGAGUUAUACCUUGUCAUGGAGCUUGUGAAGGGAGGAGAUCUUUUUGAUGCCAUUACCUCUACAAACAAAUAUACAGAGCGUGAUGCCAGUGGGAUGCUGUAUAACCUGGCCAGUGCCAUCAAGUAUCUUCAUAGUUUGAAUAUUGUUCAUAGGGAUAUCAAACCUGAGAAUCUACUGGUUUAUGAACACCAAGAUGGAAGCAAGUCCCUGAAGCUAGGAGAUUUUGGACUGGCUACUAUAGUUGAUGGACCUCUUUACACUGUCUGUGGGACACCUACCUACGUAGCUCCAGAAAUCAUUGCAGAAACUGGGUAUGGCCUGAAGGUGGACAUCUGGGCAGCUGGCGUGAUCACUUAUAUCCUGCUGUGUGGGUUUCCUCCAUUCCGUGGGAGCGGAGAAGACCAGGAGGUUCUUUUUGAUCAGAUAUUGAUGGGACAAGUAGACUUCCCAUCUCCGUAUUGGGAUAAUGUUUCUGACUCAGCAAAGGAACUUAUCACUAUGAUGCUUCAGGUAGAUAUAGAUCAGCGAUUCUCAGCCUUGCAAGUCCUUGAACACCCGUGGGUUAAUGAUGAUGGCCUUCCAGAGAACGAACAUCAGCUGUCAGUAGCUGGAAAGAUAAAAAAGCAUUUCAACACAGGCCCUAAGCCCAACAGCACUGCUGCUGGUGUCUCCGUUAUAGCACUGGACCACGGGUUUACCAUCAAGAGAUCAGGGUCUUUGGACUACUACCAACAACCAGGAAUGUAUUGGAUAAGACCACCGCUCUUGAUAAGGAGAGGCAGGUUUUCCGACGAAGACGCAACCCGGAUGUGAGGGGACAUUACAAGGCACAGCCAGCACCGCCUGAACUCAACUCUGAAUCAGAAGACUAUUCACCAAGUUCAUCUGAGACUGUUCGCUCACCUAAUUCACCCUUUUAAUAAAACACUUCUGCUGAAGGUCUUGGCUUAACCCUUUGAGAUUCGGGGGGGGGGGGGAAUCCUCCAAACCUGUGUGCGCAACUGUUGCAUUUGAUUUUGUCUCUUAUUAGUUGCUUGAAUGAAGGAAGCAGAGAGAGGGUGUUUACAGUAUCUUUGUAAUAAUAAUUUCCUAACUGACUGAAAUGGUCUUUGUUCUCUGUCUAGAUUGUGACUUGCUGCUAAUAUGAUCCUCAAAGGGUUAAGACUAUUUUGCUUUUUUUAAAUAUAUUAUAAAUAUAUAUAAUUUUGAAAAGAGGAUAGAAGCAAUGAAUGUUUUCAUCAGUCAGACUAGGAGCUACAGUAUGUAAAUCUAGCAUAUGUUAACCCUCUGAGUGCAUAAUCAUUUUAAUAAUCUAAAUCCCUAAACCGGGACUCUGUCAUCCACACACAUUCCUCGUUUUCCUAUAGCUCUUCAUUCAGUGGUCUGACCAAAGUGCUACAUUUUUCCAGAAUAUGGGCUGGGAUUUUUCUAGAGUCUGUGUUUUUGUUUGUUCGUUUUUAACGUAAGGGUAAAAAAGUUCUGCUUCACAAUGGCAAUUGAUAACUAAAAAUUGACUCUGGAGACUGGUAUCUGGGUUGUGACAGAGGUCAAGUAACAGAUUUUGUUCCCUUUGGGGAUCUUAGAAAAAUUUGCUCAUUUUUAAGUUUGCGGAAAGGAAAUUGCACUGUUUAUUGUAUGUCAAAAAUUUAUCCCCUGGACCCUAUUUGACCAUAAUGACUUGAUGAAAUGCUUGAAUGGGUGGAGAGGUGCCUACCCAGUGUGGUGUGGCAGUGAUCUCAAAACUGCUGUUUGCAAGACCCAGGUUGUUGGUUGCAAAGCAGUUUGUUCAGAGGCUAGUUGAAGAAAUGUUCUGUCAUCUGUUGUGUAUAUGCAGUUGUGCUUCCAGUACAUUCUAUUUACAUGUACAGGCACACAUGGAGACCACAUCUGGGAGUCAGCAAUAAAUGCAGUCAGUUUUAAAUACUGUGAA